UUGCCUGUGUGCCCUGUGCGGCUUUACGCUGAGCACAAGGCAUGCAGAUGUAAAUUUAAUCCAGGCAACAGCCAGAGCACUCAAGUGAAUAUGAGGCUGCCCCUUUGCUAAAAUGCAGUAGUAUUCAGUAGAAUUUUCAGCAGAUGGGGCAACUAUCAAGGCGGACUCAGAAGGGGAGAUGAAUACCUCCUGGAACUGUGUUUAUUCUCUCCAUCUCUUUGUGCGGAUCUAUGCGUUUUCUCUCUUAAAGCUUGGAAGCAAAAGGUGUUAUCUCUAGCACUAAGCUCAGCUUUAAAAGGAAAUUGGAAGACUCUAAAUCUGCCUGUCUGCCUCUGAUUAAAGCCAAAGGAGGACGCCUGGAUGAAUCAAGGAAGAACUUGCAGAGGGAAAUUCACACGAGCGCUGCUUUUUUUUUUGGACUGUGGUUUUUAGAAGAUUUUGAUUCCUCUUUUAUUUAUAGCAUUGUACUUGACCUGCGUUUUAUGUAUCCGAAGUCUGCAGUGAUUGCACAUUUGUUUCUCACACCAGCUGAGACAGAGAUGCUGUAAUGUUGUGCUUGGAUUUGGACUUCCUUUGAGAGGAUUUUGUUUUCACCUGAUCAGCAGUCCUUCACCAAUUGAAUACAUUCUGAUCUGCCUUCCCACCUUUUUGCCCUUAUCUUCUGAACAUUGUCAGCUGUUAGUAAUUUUAGCAGUAGUGAUUUCUAACGGAGGGACAGUGUGUGAGACUGGAUUUGGAGUAGUUGCCUUCUACAGACUGAAUUGCCUCAUGCUCAUUAAAAGAUCCUCAGACUUCGCACCUUUGGGAGUUCUGUUUUACCUGACUUAACCAGAGGAGAGUUUAGAGUAUCUGCAUUUGGAACAGCUAGCCAAAAGCCAGGAUGCAGGUGUCAUUAGUGUGCACUGACCACCGUGGCGGGGUGAGCCGCGCCACAGAGGACCGGCUAAAUCGACAGAACGCCAACAGCCCCAACACAGGCACACGCAGCAAGUUCAGAGCAGUGGCGAUGGUGGCUCGCAGUCUUGGACAACUCUCUGUUCAGAGUGUGCCUUCCUCCAGCGAGCAAAGCAUGAGGACUGGCAUGAAGUAUAGAAACCUUGGGAAGUCGGGCCUGCGGGUGUCCUGCCUUGGAUUAGGAACAUGGGUGACGUUUGGUGGACAGAUAACUGAUGAGAUGGCAGAACAGCUGAUGACUCUGGCCUAUGAAAAUGGCAUCAAUCUGUUUGACACAGCGGAGGUCUACGCUGCUGGGAAGGCAGAGGUGGUGCUCGGAAACAUCAUAAAGAAGAAAGGAUGGAGACGUUCAAGCCUGGUGAUAACAACAAAGAUCUUCUGGGGUGGAAAAGCGGAGACUGAAAGAGGUUUGUCCCGAAAACACAUUAUAGAAGGUUUAAAAGCCUCUCUAGAAAGACUGCAGUUAGACUAUGUGGAUGUGGUUUUUGCAAACAGACCAGACCCUAAUACACCUAUGGAAGAAACGGUUCGCGCAAUGACCCAUGUGAUAAACCAAGGCAUGGCCAUGUACUGGGGAACAUCCCGCUGGAGCCCCAUGGAAAUAAUGGAAGCGUACUCUGUGGCUCGACAAUUCAACCAGAUUCCUCCCAUCUGCGAGCAGGCUGAGUACCACAUGUUCCAGAGAGAGAAGGUGGAGGUGCAGCUUCCUGAGCUCUUCCAUAAGAUAGGUGUAGGGGCCAUGACGUGGUCACCACUGGCAUGUGGGAUCAUCUCAGGGAAAUAUGACGGCAGGGUUCCUCCGUACUCCCGGGCCUCUCUGAAGGGUUACCAGUGGUUGAAGGACAAGAUCUUGAGCGAGGAGGGCCGGCGUCAGCAGGCGAAGUUGAAAGAGCUGCAGGCAAUCGCGGAGCGGCUGGGCUGCACACUGCCCCAACUCGCCAUCGGUACGCAGAUACACUCUGCCGCUCUCUCUCUUUCUGUCUGUCUAGGGAAUCCAGUAAGUGAGGAGAACAUAUUCAACAUGUGUGUCUCUCUCCUGUUCCAGGUUCUUCCAAAGUUGUCAUCAUCCAUCACACACGAGGUGGAUAGCAUCCUGGGAAACAAGCCGUACAGUAAAAAGGACUACCGCUCCUAACGCCAGCACGGCCCUGCCCGGCAGGGCUGCAGCCGCAGAGCCCCACCUUUGCCUGAUCCUCUGUUUGCUUGAGCUUUUACUGAGUGAGACCCUGGCGCAUGAGUCUGGCCACACCAAGGCCACCCAGGGCACCUCAUUUAGAGUUACAGGGAUAAGAUAAGGGAAGGGGGGGGAAUACAGUCACCUCCACAGGAAAGGAAGGGAAGAAAGACAAAAGUGGAAGAGAGGUUAGGGAUAUGCGCUCAUACUUAAAUUAGUUAUACAUUCAAUUCAGAUGAACGUAUUUGAAAAACAUAGAAAAAAAUACCUUUAAAAAAAUAAGCACACGCUUGCUUGGCAGCCAGAUUUCUCUUUUUUUCUUUUUUUUUUUCUAAAGUGAAUGCAACUAAAAGGAAGAUUAACUUCAUACUGUACGGAUAUAUGGGAACUACUCUGUUGCACAUGUACCAUAGCCAUGCAUUUGGUCCUUGGAUGUUCUGUUUACAAACACCUGUGUACUGUACAAGUCCUUCAAGGUUUCUCUAAGAAAACCUUUUGUUUGUGUUGUCGACAUUGUCUGUGUACGAGCCUUCUCAUGGGUUUUUAACAAUCAGCACUUUAGUAUUGUCAGUACAGGUGUUGGAGGGUAGUUCUAAGGAGGGAAGAGGAUGGCAUUACAAUAGUCCCAUCUCACAGCCAUUGCACUAUAGAAUCAUAUCUCCUCCUGAUAAUUCCCUCUCCUCCUCAUCCUUCCUUUGUGUCUUCAGUGGCAGUACGUUUGACCAGCCUGAUGCUUCGACCCUGCUGCUGUCUUAGUGUGGCAGUUGCUGCCAAGAUGAGGGGGAAUGAGGCUCCUCCUCCAUCCUGACCAGUGAACCGUCUGUUACAACGAGUCAGAAGCGUAGGCCGAUGUCUCAGGGCAACUCGUCUGCCACUGAAGAGCUUAGCUACUCAUUCAUCCUUAAGGGUCAGAACUGCAGCUGUGUUAAAUCUAAUGCAGUGUCGUACUUCACUGUGUCCCCCAGCCUCUGCUGGUCUGUUUUCAGGCUGAGGAUUUACUGUGCAGGAAGUUGUCAUAUCAGGGCUGGCUCCACAUCUCAUGGAAACUUCUCCUUGAUCAAAUAUUGUUCAAGUAUUUUGCCUUAUUUACAGUUGGAUCAGACUGUGCUGUGGGCUUUGGAGUAGACGAGCAGUUUGACAGCUGUCCCUUUGGCCGACUGGUCUCAUGUCCCCAGUAAAUACUGGAACGCUGACUGGUGCAUGUCUCAUUAGCUGCAAGGAGAAGGCGCUGUGUCCAACUAAUCCGUGGGUGGCAGCAGCUCAGGGAACAGAGCAGGUGGUUUUAGUCGUGUGUGCGUGUGCACACGUUCAGGAGGUUGUAGUUACACGUCCGUCUUUCUUCCAUGUGUGGGAGGGCAGGACCAGUUGCAUUUUAGCGUGGCUUGAGCCAAAGAUCUUCUCCCUCUUCAUCUCUCUUUGACUACGCAUCCAAAUGUUUCACUUUCUCUUCCUGCAAGAUCAUAGAACUCAUCUUGGCGCAUGUGUUGUCCAGCUUGGUAUCUAUCUAGGGUAUGGACUUUACUCCAUGUACCGGUAUAUAUCUUUACUUGACCACGCUGUUAUUCUAGUUAACAAAUAUGUCCUUCAUAUACAGAAUGCGUAAGUACAGCUACUUGCUUUAGGAUCGGUAAGGUUUGUUUCAGGCAACAAUACAACCUGAAAAAUUACUGCAGCCCUAUAUCAUUCUUUCUCCUUUGGGUGCUCUCUGACUGUGAUUAAAGCACAAGUGGAUAGCAUGUGAUACAUCCUCAAAGCAUGGAGCCUCUCACCCAGCCUACAGUACCUAUACGGGACAAGCCAGGCAAUGCUACUCAGCUUACUAACAUGUUUAGGUAACAAAUCUUUACUAAUGGCUAAUACCAUAUUGAUUCUUAGCAGAUAAAUAGACAAGUACGUAUUAAGAAAACUGUCAUAUUAGUGUGAAUGAUAAUCAAAGGAAACAAACGACUGUACGGGAUUUGUGCGGAUGAGGCCCGCUUUGUUGCUCCUCUUACGUGAUAUUUAACAGAAGCAAAGGGAGUUUUGGUCUCUGCUGUUGUGGUUUUUGUGUGUGCGUGUAUGGGGAGGCAACUAAACUAAUCCCUUGCUUUAGACUAUUGUAUUAGUUGAUCCCUGUAUACGUUUGAUUUGCUGUGUCUUAGUGUUUUCUCUGAAGAAGAGAAGAAAAAAGCAAAACAAAGAACAGUUAGUUUAUUUAGUCUGUGGAGUUCCUGUGUCUUAAUAUUGUCAUCUGCAGGGAGUAGGGAAGAAGUUUGAGACUUAACGUACUGAGAGUUGAAAUAAAAAAGGCUGACUGCUUGAUGUGAAGCAACGUGAUUGCCGGCAGCAGGUAACCUUAGCUCAGCAUACUGGAAAAAAAGAAAAAAGGGAAACAAAAUAGCCUGACUUGAUCUGCCUACAGCUCCUCUAAAGCUAACUAAUGAACAUGUUACAUUGGUUUCAUUCAUCCAAAAAACUGUUUGUAUGGGGACAGACUUUAACACCAGACCUGUUAGUUAAACUGCAAAUUGACGUAUUUGUGCAGAUUAAACACACAAGAUAUAAAGUCAGAGGUACUGGUCGUUGGCCUGUGUCUCUUUUGUACAGUGCCAGGCUAGCCGUUUCCCUGUCCCCAGUCUUUAUGCUUCGCUAAGUUAGCCAGCUGCUGGCAGUAGCUUCAGAAUUAGCAUGCAGAAAAGGGAUAUAUUAUUAUAAUCGCAUUUUCCAAAAUUUGAAACUUGCCCUUUAAAUGCAUUUUGUUUUAACCAUCAGUGUUAUUUCACAUCGUGCUGACCUGCCCAACAAAGAUCUUGUGGUUUCUGCACAUUGUAGGAAUAAACUGUGGUUUAAGACUGUAGUGUAGUUACCUGCUGCCCUCGCCUGUUAGGGAGAAAUCAUGCUUUAAGAGGUCCUAGUUUCUUCAUAUUUGCUUGUAACAUUGUUACAUUGUAAUGACUAGUUCAGAAAUGAAACCAGACCCACAGUUGGAUAGAGCUUAUUUUAAAGAAGGUUUUAGGUGAUAUAGAGAAUAUAUUUUUAUGUUUUAGCCUUUAAUGAAUUAGAAAGAAUCAAAAUACCUUUUAUUUUUUUCAUUAUGCUGCAUUUUUCCUAUCAGUAUUGUAUCAAUUUUGAGAGACAAAAAGAAGCAAUUACUUUGUGUUGUGUACUGUAUGCAUUUUUUGAGCAAUGCUCUGAAGAUGAUGUAGAGAGAGCCUGGUAUCUCCUGUAAAUAGUUUGACCUUUGUAUAUAUUUCUGGUUGUGAUCACCUCUGCCUUUUCUCUUUUCCUUUAUUCAUUUUCUUUGCAAGCGUUGCUAUCUGCACUGUGCUUGAAUCUGAAUUUAGACAGGAUGUACAGCUUAGAUCUUCAAUGAAAAUGAAAUAAUGAUAAAUAAGAAUGGUAAACAAA